GCCGCCAACUUCGCAGGCGUCGGGACGUCCAGCGUCGAUUUUUAAAGCGCAGCGCGAUAGCAUGUGAAUCGGGAAAAAACCAGGAGCAAAUUGAGAUUUUUGUGGUACAGUGUGCGGGAAAGCGCCGGACUGGAGCAGCUUUCAAGAGCGGGUCGGUGCCAGUACGCAUUUCCUCCCAAGGAGAACGCCGUAGUCUAGUCGCCUGCCACAACAAAAGGAUGGGUUGGUGAUGGACAGCAGCAGCGGGACGCUGGGGCGUCGCGGGCUGAAGACCUCCUCAGGCAUGCGACGGCAGCGGAGCCUCGAAUGGCGCCAGGAACGCGGCUACAGCUCCAGCGAGGAGGAGAUUCCCAGCAGGCCGCUCGACAGCCACGUCUUCGCCUCCCUGCUGGCCCAAGCCCAGCAGGAAUACUCCAGUGUGGACCGUUCGUACCGUUCGGACGACACGGAAGACGCCGUCACCACUGACAACCCGACGACGCCGUUCCCCACCCCGCCGCCCACCCUCGUCUCGCCCCGCUCCCCCAUCCCCCUGCACCGGCAAGCGUCGCCGUUUCCGAUGGAAAAUACCAAUACCAGAAGGAUUCAUUAUGCUACGCCGCAGGACCGGCUUCGAGCCAACAAUGGCGAGGUGAUCUACGCCACCAACAAAAAGAACCUAUCGAAUAGCACGCUGGGCAGGACGGGGAGAGGAAGGCACAGAACAGGCGGUAUGACUUCUUCGAGUAGCGCCACUUCUUGCAACAGCUGCAAUGACGCCAGGAUACAGACGCAAGGGAACACUGAUAUUGCCUAUCAUGACACGCAGCAACGGCUCUGUCUCAAUAACGCAGACGUGAACGAGGAGUCGCCCCCCGAGCCGGCCCCGCCCGAGGUGCCCCCACGUGGCCCGUCCCUGCACUCUGCCACGCUCCGGCGUCGCCAGGAGUUCUCGCUCGCCGAUGGCCAACCGACCCAAGAAUCGCAGUUUCUCUCCCAAGGAGAGUACGUGCUCAGCGGCAGUCCCCGGACCUCCGGUUACCCCGCAAGGUCCCCCAUGUCAGGCAACACCACAGCCCCCCAGCACAGACGGGAGGAUUUUUUGAUAAAAAAAUGAUGAGUGGAAUUAGAGGAUGGAGCGAGUUAUGAGCUGGAUCAAUUAAGAAUAUUACGUGCUUUAUGAUAGUUUUAAAAUUGAUGGAGAGGACGAAGCCACUCGAGACUUAAUGUACUUGAAAAGUUCAUUUAAGAACGACUGCGACGGAAUUAACGACGACUUUUUGAUGUCUAUUCUUGUUUUAGCAAGUUUUUAGACGCUCAGAUUUGUAAUUAAGGGCAAUUGCAACAUGCUCGCGUCCGGAAUUGCUUCAGCCAAGUGAAUCAAAAGCACAACGAAAUCUAAAAUUUUGAGUUAUGGGUGUUUGGAGCCACCAAAAAAAAGAAUUUCAAAAUUUAUCGAUAUAUUAAUACAAGUCCAAAUUGUUGUUUUUUUGCAUUUAUUAUGAGAGGCUGGUAACGAGAAGGCGUUUUAAUUUUCAAUAAGCGCUUGGUAGCGAGCCUCCUCCACUUUGCACCUGCUGGUUAAUUCAUGUAAUCGUGGUUCGCGUGACCUGCAACGAUUUUAAAAAUUUUCCCAUUUAAGUGAAGGAAACCGUCGAGAUCAAUGACUGAUUGCGACCGAAACGACAAUUAUUUGUCGGUCGCAUUUCAAAAUAAAUUACGAUUAUCUCCACCGUUGACAGGCUAAUAAAGUGCCUACAAAAAUCUCCAGAAGCCUUCCCAUUAAUAUCAGUCUGUGGUGUUAACAGGAGCUUGUUUCGGAUGAGGAGUGAGGUCAAAGUUGCAGCGCCCAACUAUCCGUCAGCUUAAAAUAGAAAAUGAUUUUCUUGGGAAAAUUGAUAAGGAAUUAUUCGUGUUCAGGAUUUGUAUGCCGGGAGGUGAUUGCGUAAUUUCGACGAUAAAUUUCCCGACAUCAAGGCGCAUAUUUAUGUGACUGGGAGCGGGAUUUAUGGACGACGAAAUUUCAUUUUUUAAUUGGUAACGAGACGGUGAGGGGACUUCAAAGAAGGCAAAAGAAAAAACUAAGACACUCAAUUAAGCCAAGUGUGAAAUUUAUUUACUGGCAACGGUUCAAGUUUGUUGAACCUGCGGACAAUUGCGAUUUAUGGGCGAAUUAAACGCCAGAUGCCCAAAUAUCGACACGCGAAAAACUGUAAUUCUUA